CGCGUUGGCAUGGGAGGCGAAAAUAUGGGAAAUGGACAUCGUCGGGGGCAUCGUAAAAAGAAAGAUAAACUUUCAUUGUGGAUCAAUGAGCAGCAGCUGAAUAUGUUAAGUGCACUUUUCUUUCCACAAGGAUUUGGGUCGCAUGGUCGCAUCUAUGCCAUCGAAAACGGUCAGGUCGUCAAUGAUUUACGCGAAAUCAAUAUCUAUAAAUUUCUGAUUAUACCCGCUGAAGUCAAUUAUGUGAAUUUUACAUGGAAAUCGGGUAGCAGAAAAUAUUUUUAUCACUUCGAUCGGCUGCACUCCUUAGAUCAUCAUAUUUUGAGGGAUCCCAAGUUGUCGAUCGAUGAGAAAGGACGUAUACCGGCGGAAGAAAAAGAUUUCAGCAUUUUCAUGCCAUGUGCUCACAAUAGCUCCGGCACGGCUAUGUUCACUAUUGGUUUGUCAAUACAAAAUCGUCGGGGGAAGCCGUUGCCUGGUACACCGAUACGUUUGAAUUUUAAAAAGGAAUGCGCACACAGAGGUAACGCUUCCAUCUCUACACUAACAUCUUCGCAAGGUCCCGAUCCGGAGUGUAAUUUAAAAUGCGGCGAUAAUGGCUUUUGUAAUCACAAUAAAAUUUGCCAAUGUAAAGCUGGUUACACGGGUCAGUAUUGCCAGACGGCUUUUUGUUUUCCCCAAUGCCUAAAUGGUGGUAAUUGUACGGCACCGUCGGUGUGUACCUGCCCCGAAGGCUAUCAGGGUACGCAAUGUGAAGGAGGCAUAUGCUCCGAAAAAUGCUUGAAUGGUGGUAAAUGCAUACAAAAGGAUAAAUGUCAAUGUUCCAAAGGAUACUAUGGAUUGCACUGUGAAUUUUCAAAAUGUGUGAUUCCCUGCAAAAAUGGAGGACGUUGCAUAGGCACCAAUAUUUGUCGCUGUCCAAGCGGUUUGCUCGGCAAUCAUUGUGAAAUCGAGCGCAGGCAACGCUCAACCUGUAGGCGUCCCUGCAAGCAUGGCGUCUGUAUGCCGAAUAAAACAUGUAAAUGUGAUCGCGGUUUCUAUGGUCAAUAUUGUAACGCAAGAAUUAAAAAACAUCGUAAAAUUCAUAGAUAGACAGUGACUAAGCCGCUGAACAGAUCUCUAUAUUCUUAUCUUGACAACUUCAUCGCGAGUAGAUUUGUAAAUUUUUUGCUUUAACUACUGUUUAUAAGGAUUAACGCUGAAUACAGUUAAUAUUAUACAUACAUCUAUACAUAAUUUUUCCUUACAUAUCUUUUGUUUUAAAAUGUAAAAUUAAUACUUCUUUAUUCGUAUGCCCAGUAAUGGCAUCUUACGAAUAGAAGCAUUUAUCUUUAGAAAUGUUGUGAUAAAUCAUUUUUAUUUAAUAAUUGUAACAAAAUUUUACUUCAAGGAAGUCUGAAAAUG